UCUGCGUUAAACUGACUGACUGGCACGGGCUGCUCGGUCGGUUGGGUUGAGGGUAGCCAUGGCUCGACUCGCUGCGCUACUGUUGCUGCCGGUUCUUAUUGAGUCGGUGUUUUCCAUUUCUUUCUUUUUACCGGUCAACUCGAGAAAGUGCCUGCGGGAGGAGAUCCACAAAGACGUCCUCGUCACGGGGGAGUAUGAAAUAAGUGAACAGGCGAACACCAAAACUAAUCUGAAGAUCACAGAUUCUUCCAGCCAUACGCUUUACUCCAAGGAAGAUGCAGUUAAAGGGAAGUUUGCAUUCACCACAGAGGACUAUGACAUGUUCGAGGUGUGCUUUGAGAGUAAAUCCCCCAUGGGGACUGGAAGAGUGCCUGACCAGCUGGUCAAUCUGGACAUGAAGCAUGGCGUGGAGGCUAAAAACUAUGAAGAGAUUGCCAAGGUGGAGAAGCUGAAGCCCCUUGAGGUCGAGCUGAGGCGCCUGGAGGACCUCUCCGAAUCCAUCGUCAAUGAUUUUGCUUACAUGAAGAAGAGGGAAGAGGAGAUGCGAGACACCAAUGAGUCCACCAACACGCGCGUGCUGUACUUCAGCAUAUUCUCCAUGUGCUGUCUCAUCGGGCUGGCUACAUGGCAGGUCUUCUACCUGCGGCGCUUCUUCAAGGCGAAGAAGCUGAUCGAGUAGAACGGGCCCGUUGCGCGGGCGACGCGGCCUGCCGGUCGGCCAACACGUCCCAACAUCCACCCUCAUUGGACUAGCUUCAGCAAACAACAGCAAGUGGGGCUCAGGGGCUCAAAUUCUAGUUUUCACAAUUUUAAGUUUGUCCUCUGGGGGGAAAAAAAAAACAAAGAUUCACCUGCUUAUUUAGUGGUCUGAAACAAUAAAAGCGCUGUAGGCAGAAAUGCUCUGUGAAACAUGAGAGGUGUAUGUCACUGCUGGGUGGGAUAUCUCCUUUUUCAUGCUACUUCACUUUUCUGUCUGCACUGCUUGGAUGUUACUCAGCUUACUGAAGAAGAAGCGAUGUUUGAUUUUUUUUUUUUGAGCUUGAUUUGAAUGGAUGUCCCAGGAGCGAAUGUCUUUUGCCCUUCUGUUAAUGUACACAUUAUUCGCCAUGCCAAGCAAAACUAUAUCCGUGGAGCCCUUUUUAUCGAGUGGAGGCUAUUUGAUGAAGUAGUUUGUCGUUACUUGGAGAAAUUUAGCAACCACUGGACUUCUGUGUUAUGUCACCUAAUAUGCAUACAUGUUUGGUAGCUAAAUUUAACCGUGUCUUUAGUUUGUUUUCAUAUUGUAAAUGCUACUUAGUUGCUUCUACAAGUAUAUGUAUUUUUUGGGGAGGGAAGGGGGGGGGUCAAAAGAGUAAUUCUCUAUGUAGUUAUAAAUAAGGUCAUUUCCAUGAGCUCUUGCACGUUCUAGUUUUGGAAACACCGAAACAUUCAUUUGUCACAAAUCUGAAUCGGCCUGACGCCAAAAACAUCGGCUGAAGGAAGGAGUUUGCAGCAUUUUAUUGUUUGUAGAUAAUUGCACCAACCUGUCCGCUAUUAUACAAUCUACAUUUACCUGCAAGUUUUUUUUGUCAUGAGGUUUUGAACUGAAAUCUUACCAACCACUUGCUGUAAUGUUCUUCUUUCUCCAUCUGGUGAAUUUUAUUCCCCUUUUGCGAUUUUCAAAAUGUAAAUUUUCCCAACUACAGUUGUGAUCCAUCCAUCGCGCUUCCCUUUGUCUUUAGAUAAACUUAUGAGGCCUGGGUUACAUGAGGAAUGGGGUGGUUGCAAAUAUUCAGAUUGUUUUUGACUGGGAUUAAUUGAGGCAUCUGUCAUGGGUACAUUUUUAACAAUGAGCAUGCGCGUUGUGCGCAAUCAAUGAUUUUUAUGUUGACUGAUAAAUUUUGUAAAUUUGUGUUGGGCUUUUAUUCAAUAAAAUAUUGGAUGGAUUUACAUUA